GCCCCGUGCUGCCACCGUACGACAUUUUAGCCAAUCGCAGCAAGGUAGAAAACGAGCGAUAUGCCGAGCAAGCGGGCCAAAACAGCAGCAGCAGCGACGGGCCCAGCACUGCCGCAGCAGCUGCUUGAGGCGAUCGCAUGCUACGUCACGUUGUCGUCCACGUUCUUCGCAGUGCUCGAUGCACUGCCCCGUGCCGGUAGAAGCUCAUUCCUCACUGCCCUGGACGAGCUGGCCUACGUGUGCCCGCCCGACCUGCUGUGGCCCGCCCUCCGCGUCGGCGACGCCGCAUUGGCAUCGACCGGCCAUGAAGCGCUCUUAGAGCGCGUGCUCAAGAGCCACACGCUGGUACUAAUGAGCCCCAGCGAUCCGAUCGAGUACUUUGAGAUGCUGUCGCCGACUGCCAGCGUCUUUUUGAACGCCUGCGACGCCAAGAUCGAGAACGUCGACGCUGCGAUUCUCGCGCGCGUGACGCACUUGGGUGUUAACAUGAUCAACAAGAGCUGUUGUCUUCGGUCCGUGGCGGUGCAAGUGGCGAAUGCACCGCGCCUGCGCGCGCUGAUGCUCGGCCUCGACGUUCAAGAGCUCGCAGACGAUGAGGCCCUCGGCCUUUUGCAGGCCAACACAAGAGCAACGCUUCGCUCCACAGAGAUUUGGUUGACCAGUAGCACCGACAGCGAGCCGCUCAACGAAGUUACGGCGCGCGCUGUCGCGCAGACGAUCGCGUCCUUUCCCGUGACGCGGCUCUUUUUUAACGAGGUGCGAGCGACCGAGACCGGCGCCAAGAUGCUCUACGAUGCAAUGAUCGACGCACCCCGCUUGAACGACGUCGAGGUUUUGAGUAGCAGCGAUCUGGCGCGGGCGUUCGCUGCCUUUGGUCGACCAUGGACCUGCCAGCGACGCCACGAGCACGACGAUAUCUGCAUCGCGAGGGCCAACGCGGCCAAAGAGACCGUCUUUCCGCAGAUCACGUCGUGGCGCCUCCAAGGCGUUUGGAGUGAAAUGCGCAGUGCCAUCCCGACGCUGCAAGCAAUGGACCACUUGCGCUCUCUGCGCCUCUUUUUUCAAACGCAGCUCAGCGACGACGAGUUUGACGACGUCCUCGCGGCCAUCGCGCCGCUGCCACUGCGCACGCUCGCUCUGGGCGGCGUGGCUCUUCUCUCGGACCCGAACCGCGUGCAACGGCUGCUCUCGAUGCUCGAAGCCAAGUCGUCGAUCACAACACUGCGCCUCAGGAUGGCGGGGCUUACGAUCUAUGGCCUCGAUGUGACGAGCUCGCUCCUGCGCCAUCUUCGGCAACUCGAGUACUUGGAUAUUGGUAACAACGCACUCACGGACGACGCUGUCCCGCAGCUUUUGACGCUCAUCAUGUCGUCCAACGUCCAUGCGAUCCGGCUCAGCAAUAACGACCUCUCGGACGAUGCCAUGGACAGCCUGCACGCGUUCCGAGUUCCGCGCGGUCGAUGCGAUCUCAUAUUUUACGGAGACCGCUUCUUCAACGAGAUGUAA